AAUGCUCUCCCACUGUCUUUCUCUACAUCUCCUUUCAAAAUCGAAAGUUCAAACUUUUGAAUCAUCUCCUCCUCCUCCUGUUUAACCCAAACGCCAUGACUGAGGGAGCCACGAAACGACAUCAAUUUCACUUCCCAUUCCUUCUUCUUCACCAAGUUCAGGACUUCAAAAGAUCUGUGCUUGCUAUAUUCUUCUGCUUCCCCACUUCCUGUUUCGCUCUUCUUCUUCUUCUCUUCCUUUUGUGUUACAAUGGGUUCACUGUUUUCUGGGUUCAUGUCCCUUUCUUGGUUAAAUCGCCUUCGAAACCCGUUGUUUUCUCGCCGCUGACGGAACCCAGAGAAGAGUCGGUCCGGCAAUGGUCUGCUUCCCAGUUGAAGCUUUCUUCUUCUGUGUUGUUCGCCACCGACAAGGACGAUUCUGCAACUUUCUCGAAGAUUAAUUUGCCCGCCUUGCAGAAUUCGUCGUUUCCUAUGGAAAAAUUUCUCUUGAACAGAUGGAGACGGAUCAGGAGACACAAGAGGGGUCUAAGAAGUGUCCGCUCAGAAGCUCAGGCCUCGUUGUUUCAGACCAGGAUCAAAGCAUUCUUUGUUGGGAAGAAUUCUUCCUCCUCCUCCUCCUCCUCAUCUUCUUGUAAGAUCAGGUUCUUCAUGACUUGGAUUGCUUCACUGGAAUCAUUCGGUGACAUACAGUUUUCAGCCGUGGAGAGCCUGUUCAAGUCUCACCCAAAAGCUUGCUUGGUGAUAGUCUCCAAAUCCCUGGACUCCCAUGGAGGCUCUCAAAUCCUGAAGCCAUUUUUGACUAAUGGGUUCAGAGUAACAGCAAUGGCCCCGGAUUUUGAUUACAUAUUCAAGGACACUCAUGCAGAAUCAUGGUACAAUGGUUUGAAGGAGGGCAAUGUGAAUCCAGGCGAAAUCUCCUUAGGCCAAAACCUCUCAAACUUGCUCAGGCUUGCUUUGUUGUACAAGUUUGGAGGCAUUUACAUGGACGCAGAUGUCAUAGUGUUGAAGAGUUUCUCGAAACUAAGAAACACCAUUGGAGCACAGAACUUCGAUGCAAAAACUGGGAAAUGGAGCAGAUUGAACAAUGCUUUGCUGAUAUUUGAUAAAAAGCAUCCAUUACUUUCCAAGUUCAUUGAAGAAUUCGCACUCACAUUUGAUGGGAACAAGUGGGGUCAUAAUGGUCCUUACUUGGUCUCUAGAGUUGUCUCGAGGGUCAGUGGAAGACCAGGAUUUAACUUCACUGUUAUGCCACCAUCUGCAUUUUAUCCUGUGGAUUGGAGAAGCAUUGCUCGUCUGUUUCAAAGGCCAAGAGAUGAACUCCAAUCAAAAUGGUUGGUGAAGAAACUAAGACAAAUCAACAAGGACAGUUUUGCAGUGCACCUGUGGAACAAGAGCAGUAGGAAGCUUCAGGUAGAGAAAGGAAGCAUUGUUGAUAGGAUCAUAUCAAGUUGUUGCAUUCUCUGCAACUCAUAGUUCUCAAGUUUGUAAUUGGAAGGUUAUAUUAUAUAGCACUUUUAUUCCUAUAGAAGUUGUCUGCAUUUUAAGUGGAUAUGGACUGAUUGUGACUGGGUUCAUUCCACUAUAGGAUAGAAUAUAGUUGAAAUUAUAGGUUUUUGUCGUAUGUCUUUCAGAAUCUGGAAAGAAUAAGAGGUAAAGGAAGUUAUGUUAUUUCCUUUGUAUCUGGAUUUUGAUGGCAUUUUUGAAUCUGGAAACUGGGAUUUGAUUGGAAUGAUAUUCCAGAAGGGAAUGGAGAAAGCUUAUCUUGACUGUGACAAAUUUAAUUGUGAAAGUGAUCUAUCAGCUUCCCGUCUUAAAAAGAUCACCUACUUUCUUCCCUUCCAUGUGACAGCAAACUCAUUUGUUUUGUGAGGAUAUUCUCUAUUGACUUACGGAUCCGGACAAUGAUUAUUUU